CUUCACAUGAUACACAUGUGGGUGAUUAAUUUUGGUAGGUUAAAAUUUUGAAAAGUCAAAUUCUUUUAAUUUUGCUUAAUUUAUUGUUUUAUUUUAUUCUGUAUAUUAUUUGUGCCUCAAAUAUGUAUCUUCCUCUGAACAAAUACUGAUAAACUGAAAAACUCGUAUCUUCUAGAUAUGGCACCUGUAAAUUAAAGAUUUAAGAUGGAAUUCAGCCCAAAUUUGUUAAAUAUAAAAUAUUCUCAAAAUUUUCUCCUAUAUGAAGAACUAUUAUUCAAUUCUAGGUGUUGCAAAAAACGCAAGUCGGACGGAUAUAAGAAAAGCGUAUCUUCAGAAGGCUAAAUUAUACCAUCCUGAUUUAAACUCUUCACCUUCUGCACCAUCUAAGUUCAAGGAGAUCCAGGAAGCUUAUAACACACUAUAUGAUGCCAAUCGUAGGAAGGAAUAUGACUCUGCAACAAUUUUUGGACCUUCGUCUAGAACUGGCCAAGCCUACAGAUAUAACGUUAAUAGAGAAUAUCGCAAUUACACUGAAACUCCUUAUGAAAAUGAUAGUUUUGAGAGUCAGUUUAAAGCUGAAGCUCAACGUCUAAGGAGGGAGUGGGAACAAAUGGAAGAGAAAUUUAGAAAGGAGAAUGAGAAACUGUCGAAUUUUGAGAAUAUCUUCAAGAUUAGAUUCUUUAAUAAUUUGGGAUCGUUUAACCCUUCCAGAACUUAUAGAUUUUCUGAGUCAUAUUCUCAUCCGUCCACCUUCAUCAAGUACUUAUUCUACCUCUUCAAUAGGAUUCUUCCUCUCAUUAUGUUCCCUCUAGGCUUGGUCUUCUAUUUCACAAGGCCUGAUCCGCCUGGUACUAGGAGGGCUGGUUCAAAAAUUCAAAUAGUAUACGAUUCCUAUGGACGAGCUUACACAUUUGAUGCUUAUGGGAGAAGAUAUAGGAUUCCCGAGUUUGACCGACGAUAA